AUGAAUCACGAUCCAUUUAGCUGGGGGAGACCUUCCGACGAAACAUACGGAGCAUACAAUAAUGAAAUUGCCCAUGCACCAUCUUUCCCAAAAAUGAAUACUCAACAACCUAUCGUUACUGGUACUUCAGUUAUCUCAAUGAAAUAUAAUAAUGGUGUGAUUAUAGCCGCUGAUAACUUAGGGUCUUAUGGUUCAUUACUACGCUUUACAGAUAUCGAAAGAUUGAUACCUGUGGGUAAGAAUACCAUUGUGGGUAUCUCUGGAGAUAUCUCAGAUAUGCAACACAUUGAACAUCUAUUAGAAGAGAUAGAAACUGAGAAUCAAUAUGACAAUUCCUUUGCUGACAAUGAAGAAUCGUUACAACCAAGUUAUGUGUUUGAAUAUCUAGCCAAUGUCAUGUAUUCCCGUAGAUCCAAGAUGAACCCACUUUGGAACGCAUUAAUUGUAGCUGGUGUGGAAGAUAAUAAGCCAUUCUUAAGGUAUGUUAAUUUACUAGGUGUUACGUAUUCGUCACCAACACUAGCCACAGGUUUUGGUGCUCAUUUAGCAGUGCCAUUAUUAAGACGUGUUAUUGAUCGUGAAGAAGAUAUUGCCAAGACAGAUUUACAAACAGCAAAGACAACUAUUUUGGAAGCCAUGAAGGUCUUAUACUAUAGAGAUGCUCGUUCGUCGAGGAAGUUUUCGUUAGCCAUUAUAGAUAAUGACCAGGGUCUAAUUUUCGAAAAGGAUUUACAAGUGGAGAAGAUGGCUUGGAACUUUGCAAAGGAUAUCAGAGGUUAUGGUACCCAAAAGGUAUAA